AUGUCUAGAUUCGAUCCCUCGAAACCGAUUGAUGACCCGACGGUCUGGUACCCAAAGGACUUAUUUUUCACCAAAAGCACAAGAACGACCGUCACUGCAUUCGAUGCUGGAGAGGACACUGGAAAGACAUUCCUCUUGGACGAUGAAAAUAUGGUCGCCUUAAGCAGAUUUCUAUGGACUGGGAAGUUGCUCCCAACCAACCGUGAUACCUACACCAACAUUUUAGGACUCACGGACCUAAGCGCAAUGAACGACAAGAUCUGGAAUGAGGUGGAUAUCCUACUAGGAGAUUAUACCGAGAUUUCGAAGGGCUGUACCAAGUUUCAAGACGAAACCUGGAACGGUCUUGUGAUACUAUCCGGGGCAAUCAAAACGUAUGCUGCUAUGGCAGGCGGAAGUACCGACAGCUCGUAUUAUUCAGGCAUGUUGGAGUGGAUUGGAGAGUACAAUGAUGAGCUGGGAAAUGAGACUCCUGAUCAAAAGAAUCUUGACGAACUUUCGAAGUCUAUCAUGGGGUUAAUCAAAUCAGAAGAAACCAAAAUUGACGACAUACAGGCAAAGAUCAAAGAUGCUCUGGAAGCGUUGAAUCUGUUCCAUACAGAUUGUAAGGGAUACGAGUCCAGUCUUGAGGGACGCGCGAAGAGCCUUGAAUCGCUUCUGGAGGAAGAGGGAAAUGAUAUCAAACAUUUGGAUGAAAAGAUUGCGGAGGAACAGAAGAAAAUCCAGGACUUGCAAGUGGAAGUUGACAGAGAUCACGAGAAGAUCAAAGAUACUGCCUACUACGUCUGGAUACCGUUUGUUGGCACUAUUGCUGGUAUCACAGUAGAUGUUCUCGCCGAACAAGACCUCAAGCGAUUGGAAGCCAGCAUGAAAGAGAUCCGGAAGCUGCUCGACGACAAUGAGCUCGCGCGGGAUACUGCUAUCCGCUUGCAGGGUGACAUCAAAACAAUGGGAAACCAAGUGACAGACCUAAUAAGUGUAAUCCAACCUGCUAUUGAGACACUCGAACUACUUCAGGGAGCUUGGGGUGAGAUGGCCGCCGACUUGAAUACAGUCAAGGAAUUGUUUGUGGACGAAGAGCAGUCGAUUCCACCAAUGAAGCUGGCAAAGAGACAGCUGGCAACAAUUGUUGAUGCUUGGAACGAAUUGAAGAGCUACGCGGAAUCCUACAUCGAGCAUGCUUUCAUGACCACCGACCCGGAAGUGGUCACCAUCGAGAAAUAUCUGGUUGAUCUGGGAAGUCGGACAAAGUAG